AUGGAAGCCAUUGUGAGGGGUGAGGAGGUCAGAGAGUGCUCCCUGGAGGAAGUAAAGGUGUACUGUGGCCUUAAAGAAUUCAAAGACAUGUGCCAGGUUGGGAAGGACGCUCUCAGAGGCAAAGGCAAUCUAUUAUGGUUUGCACCCAGAGGCCGUCCACCUGUUGGUAAAAAUGUGGAGUUUGUUUUUGACAUGAGUGGCUCCAUGUGUGGUACCAAGAUGAAGCAGACUAAAAAGGCAAUGAAUGUUAUCCUUGGUAACCUGUGGGCCAGUGAGUACUUCAACAUCAUCUCCUUUUCUUACACAGUUAGUGUCUAGAAAGCUGGAGGCUCCAUCCAGGCCACCGUCCAGUAUGUCCACAGUGCUAAGGACUACCUGGGCCAUAUGGAAGAUGCUGGUUAGACUGACAUCAACAUGGCUCUGCUGGCAGCUGCUUCAGUGCUAAAGCAAAGCAACCAGGAGCUUUGGAGGAACCCCAUUGUUGGGAGGAUCCCUCUCUUCAUCUUCCUGACAGAUGGGGAGCCCACAGCUGGAGUGACAACUUCCAGUGUGAUCCUCUCUAACAUCCGUCAGGCACUGGGCAACAAAGUGGCCCUUUUCAGCUUGGCCUUUGGGAAUGAUGCUGACUUUCCACUGCUGUGUUGUUUGUCCCUAGAGAACUGAGGAGCAGCCUGGUACAUAUAUGAAGACACCAGUGCAGCCCCUACAGCCAGAAGGCCUCUAUGAAGAGAUUUCCAGUCUCUGCUGGCAGAUGUGCAUCUGGACUACCUGGGUGGCUUGACUAGGGCCUCUCCUUGGGCCCUUUUCCCCAACUACUUUGGUGGUUCAGGGCCUGUAGUGGUAGGCCAAGUGCAGCCAGGCAAGAAGGAACUACACAUCCACCUGGAAGCCCAUGGCCCCAAGGGUCAGCUUCUGGCCUGCCACAGUGAAGUGGCUGCCAUCAGCAGCCAAAAGGUCUUUGGUUUCCCAGAGGAGCCAGCCCCCAAUGUAGCCCACUUCAUAUGCUGCCUUUGGGCCUACAUUACCAUUAGAGAGCUACUGGAGGCAUGCUUCCACACUUGUGAUGCCAGCACUCACCACAUGCUGGCUGCCAAUGUCCUCAAUCUGCCCCUUUAACAAAAUUUUGUCACACCUCUGACUUUACUGGUCAUGGCACAGCCCAAAGAAGCCAGUGAGAAAGCCAGGAAACAGACUUCUACCACAGAUGGACCAGGCACUAUCAUGCUUAGUCAUGGCCUAGGGGGAGGCACAACCCAACACCUAGUGCCCUUUGUUUCUCCCAAAUAAAGGCUUGUGAAACCAAAGUUCUACUUAUCCUCAACUACUCUUGUCUCUACAAAGAAGAUGCCUAGUUCCAAGGAAUUAAGGCCGCUGGGUCAGAUCCCUAGUACCCCAUACACCAUUGCAUACCCAAAGUCCCAAAUUUCAGCAUAACAGGAUUCUGGAACCUUGGCUUAGCCAAAAUUUAGGACAAAACCUGCUGUCCUUGUGCCUGCAAAUUUUGGUGCCCUAUUGCUCCUGAAGUCCAGCACACCAUUACAUCAGAACCUUGGUACUGUAUUAGCCAUGAAUUAGACACAAGUCCCACCUCUGAAUUCUAGCAUUCUAGCCCCUCCCCAAACUGGUCCUAUGAAACAUGCUACUCUGCUGCAUUCCAAACCUGGUGCUCCAUCAUAACCUAAAUGAGAUGCCUCAUCACUCCCGCAACCUGGGGUACUUAUACCACAAUCAAAAAGCCUGUCACAGCCCCGGCCUGAAUUCUCCACACAUCAGAUCCUCAAAUACCCACCACACCCCACAGCAAGGGUUCUUGCUCCUAAGACCCCAAACAAGAUGCCAUAUCCUAGACCUGGGAUCCUCUUACCUAAGACCCCUAAAAUUCCAUCACCUCUUAAACCUAGUGCCCCACCUCACCAACCUUCCCUAGGUUUAUCACUUUCCACUAGGACACCAACUCCUAAUAAACCCAAAAUCCCAUUACUUUCCAGGCCUGCCAAGCUCAGGCCCCUACCUCCAGAGGCUUUGCAUACCCCAAGCACAGUCUCAAGUCCCACAAGUCCCAGCAGUACCAUGACCAUUUCUGCCCUUGGAGAAUCCCUCACUACUCCCUUUCACCCCACCCUGCCCUCUCUGCUGCCCCCUGGAAGGCUCUGGCAUCAGCAUGACCUGUUUCCAGGGCCCCAAAGCACCACCUGUGUCUAUGAACAAGAGCUCUUCCUGUGCCCAGGGAAUCCACAUUGGGACAGCAAUUCUGAAGAGAUCUUUGGAAGAGAUGGAGGCAGCAUGAAAUCUCAGGAAAGUUCUGCGGUACUAGCAAAAGGCAUGUUGCCAAGCAUCUUCACUUUCUCAUCCUUGGAUAAGGGACCCCACUUUGUGAUCCACAUCCCACACUCAGAAGAGAAGAUCUUCUUCACACUGGAUGAGCAUCCAUGGGAACUGCUACAACUCAUAGAUGACCCAAAGGCAGGGGAGAGACAGUUCCAGCAUGCAGACAUCAAGCUGGUGGCAGGGCUUAUGGGGCCAAAUCUGAGGAGGCAGCAGGGCCCAGGUGUGCCUGUGGUCAUAGGCAAGAAGCUGCUGAAGGACUCACCAAGACUGUUUCCCCACUGAGCUUCCUGCUGGCUGGUGAAAUGCUCUCAUGUACAGUGGUUUCUGGGCCAACCCUACAUUGCCUAUGUCCUGUGA